CCCUUCUGAUCGCAACAGCCCCAGAGUGCUAUCCCGCUCGGUCUGCUCCGAACCCAAGACCCUCCGCCAGCACCCAUAUAGACGCCAUGUCGGCCGACAAGAAGCAGAAAAAGUCAACAGCCCAGAAACAGACGGAGGAGGACUACCUCAUCAAGCCUUCCUCGUCGCAGCCCUCGCUCGAGACCUCCGAGUGGCCGCUUCUGCUGAAGAACUAUGACAAGCUGAACAUCCGCACCGGUCACUACACCCCCAUCCCCAACGGAUGCUCGCCCCUGAAGCGCGAUCUCGACAACUACAUCAGAUACGGUAUCAUCAACCUGGAUAAGCCCUCGAACCCGUCGUCGCAUGAAGUCGUUGCCUGGAUCCGCCGAAUCCUCCGUGUCGAAAAGACCGGCCACUCGGGAACCCUUGAUCCCAAGGUCACCGGAUGUCUGAUUGUCUGCAUCGAUCGCGCCACUCGACUGGUCAAGUCUCAGCAGGGUGCAGGUAAAGAGUACGUUGCCGUGCUCCGCCUCCACGAUGGCAUCGAGAGCGAAAAGAAGCUUUCUCAGGCCCUCGAAACUCUCACGGGUGCGCUCUUCCAGCGUCCUCCCAUUAUUUCGGCCGUCAAGCGUCAGCUCCGUGUCCGCUCGAUCUAUGAGAGCAAGCUGAUUGAGUUCGAUAACGACCGCCAUCUCGCCAUCUUCCACGUCUCGUGCGAGGCCGGAACCUACAUCCGUACCCUCUGUGUCCACCUCGGCCUGAUGCUUCAAGUCGGUGGCCAUAUGCAAGAGCUCCGCCGUGUCCGAUCCGGCGCGCUGUCUGAGGAGGAUGACAUGGUCACCAUGCACGAUAUCCUGGAUGCUCAGUGGGUCUACGACAACACCAAGGACGAGUCAUACCUUCGCCGUGCCAUCCGUCCCCUCGAAACCCUGCUCACCAUGUACAAGCGCAUUGUCGUCAAGGACAGCGCUGUCAAUGCCAUCUGCUACGGCGCCAAGCUGAUGAUUCCCGGUCUGCUCCGGUUCGAGUCCGGCGUCGACAUCAACGAGGAGAUUGUCCUCAUGACCACCAAGGGCGAGGCUAUCGCCUUGGCCAUUGCUCAGAUGUCAACGGCCGAAAUGGCCACCUGCGACCACGGCGUGGUUGCCAAGAUCAAGCGUGUGAUCAUGGAGCGCGACACCUACCCCCGACGAUGGGGUCUGGGCCCCAAGGCCAGCGAGAAGAAGAAGCUGAUCAAGGACGGACAGCUGGACAAGUUUGGCCGCCCCAACGAGCAGACCCCUGCCUCCUGGACCAGCGGAUACACCGACUAUGCCAACGGCGCCGCCAAGGUUUCCAAGUCCGAGCCUCUGAUCAAGGAUGUCACGAUGGAGGAUGCCCCCAAGAAGCGCAAGGUUGAGGACAGCGCUGAGGAGCCCGUCGAGGAGAAGAAGAAGAAGAAGAAGUCCAAGAGCGAAGACGACGACGACCAGACCGAGAAGAAGAAGAAGAAGAAGGAAAAGUCGGAGGACGGCGAGUCGGGCGAGAAGGAGAAGAAGAAGAAGAAGAAGAAGGCCAAGAAGGAGGACAGCGACGACGAAUAAUUGGACCCUCCUCUGCUGUCGCCGGACACUGCUGUCCCGAAUAUCAUUGCAUCUGACCCACUGAUCCGCGCCGGCUUCGGUGCAGCCAGGCAAUCUCGAUGAUGGCUCCGCUGAGCGUGCUGCUUGCGUGUUAAUCGCCUGGGCAAAUAGGGCUGCCGGCUCCACUGGCAACAUGCGGUUCCGGACCAAGAGAAAGCGGCGCUGUUGUGUAUUUAUUGAUGAUACUUGGGCCUGUCCAACGUUUCUUUCCUGUUUUUCUCCUUCCUCGGCUUGCUUCAUGGCUUUUGCAUCCAUCAAUACAACUCUUCACAAAUC